AUGUUAACCCCUAAUAAUGCCUGCUCUGUGCCUACCUCUUUCCAGCUCACUGGCAUCCCUGGCCUGGAAUCCCUGCACAUCUGGCUCUCCAUCCCCUUUGGCUCCAUGUACCUGGUAGCUGUGCUGGGGAACAUGACCAUCCUGGCAGUGGUAAGGAUGGAGCACAGCCUGCACCAGCCCAUGUACUUUUUCCUGUGCAUGUUGGCUGUCAUAGACUUGGUCCUGUCAACCUCUACCAUGCCCAAACUACUAGCCAUCUUCUGGUUUGGUGCCCAUAACAUUGGUGUGAAUGCCUGUUUGGCCCAGAUGUUCUUCAUUCAUUGCUUUGCCACUGUUGAGUCAGGCAUCUUCCUUGCCAUGGCUUUUGAUCGCUAUGUGGCCAUCUGUGACCCACUGCACCAUACCUCGUUGCUCACUCAUGCUGUGGCAGGUCGUUUGGGACUGGCUGCCCUCCUCCGGGGGGUAAUCUACAUUGGACCUCUGCCCCUAAUGAUUCACCUGAGGUUACCCCUUUACCAGACCCAAAUCAUUGCCCAUUCCUACUGUGAGCACAUGGCUGUGGUCGCCUUGGCAUGUGGUGACACAAGGGUCAACAACUUAUAUGGAAUGGGGAUUGGCUUCCUGGUAUUAAUCCUGGAUUCAUUGGCCAUCACUGCCUCCUAUGUGAUGAUUUUCAGGGCUGUAAUGGGCUUGGCCACCUCUGAAGCCAGGCUUAAAACCUUAGGGACAUGUGGCUCUCACAUCUGUGCCAUCCUCGUCUUCUACAUCCCCAUUGCUGUUUCCUCUCUCACACACCGCUUUGGCCAUCGUGUGCCUCCCCAUAUCCAUAUCCUUUUGGCCAACCUUUACCUCCUCAUCCCACCUAUCCUCAACCCAAUUGUCUAUGCUGUCCGCACCAAGCAGAUCCGAGAGACUCUUCUCCAUAUUAAGGCAAGGACUCAAACCAGGUGA